GUGUGUUCACAGUUUAGCUAACUGGAUAAUUCAAGUAGAAUGUAUCCCAUUUUAACGAUAGUUUUGGAAGUGUUCAUUCUCACUGCCUCAUGUGUAUUGUGUUUGGAUAAUGGAAUGGCAACACUACCACCAAUGGGUUGGAUGACAUGGCAACGAUUUCGAUGUCAAAUUGAUUGUCACAACUACCCAGAUGAUUGUAUUAGUGAAAAGUUGAUUAAACGUACUGCUAACAGACUAGUAUUAGAUGGUUGGAGAGAUUUAGGUUAUCGUUAUGUAAUAAUAGAUGAUUGUUGGCCAGAACGGAAACGGGAUUCGAAGACAAACGAAAUAGUUGCAGAUUAUAAACGAUUUCCGAAUGGCAUUAAAAGUGUUGGACAAUACUUACAUUCUAAACAUCUACUAUUUGGCAUAUAUCUCGAUUAUGGAACUCAAACAUGUGAAGGUUAUCCAGGAAGUAUGAAUUAUUUGGAGGUGGAUGCCGAUAGUGUGGCUAAAUGGGAAGCAGAUUAUGUAAAGAUGGAUGGAUGUAACAGUCCGCAAAAAAGUAUGCCAGAGGGCUAUGGAAAGUUUUCCAAAUUAUUGAAUGCAACUGGCAGACCAAUAGUGUUCUCAUGCAGUUACCCUGCUUAUAUUCCUUGGAUGAAAAAUACUAGUUUGAUUGACUGGAAGAGACUGAAGAACAAUUGUAACUUGUGGCGUAUGCUGGGCGACGUUCAAGAUAGUUGGUCAUCGGUUAUCAGUAUUAUAAACGCAUAUAAACUCCAAAAUGAUGUGUUACCGAAGUUGGCUGGUCCAGGACAUUGGAAUGAUCCUGAUAUGUUGUUGAUGGGAAACUUCGGUCUUUCAGAUGAUCAGAAACGAGUUCAAAUGGGUAUGUGGUGUAUGUUUGCUGCUCCACUAUUGAUCUCAGCUGACAUGGAAAAGUUAGAUAAUUUCAGUGUAUCUCUGUUACGUAAUGCACGUUUAUUGGCUAUAGAUCAGGAUAAAGGUGGACAUCAGGCGGAAUUCAUCAAAUCACGAAAUGAUGUACAGAUGUGGAUGAGACAAUUAGAUGGAGAUCCACUUGGUUGGGCAAUCGCUUUUCUUUACACAACUGAUGGUGGUGGACCAAUUCACUUUUACACAAGUCUUGGUGAAUUCAAAUCACGAUCGUAUAGGAUAUCUGGAGAUCAGUUUGAAUUAUUGGAUGUGUUCAAUGGUGAUAAAUUGAAAGUGAUUCAACGAAGAGAGAAGUUUAUGAUUUCCAUCAAUCCAAAUGGGAUAAUGAUGUAUCGAGUUAAACGUGUUCAACUAGAGACUGUUUCUGAAGAAAUUGAUGGACCGUUUCAGACAUUUUUAUCGCCUUAAGAAAUCCACUUCAUUACUUCAAUAUCAUAUAAACUGAACAGUUCUUGAUUGAGAUAACUAUUUUAAUACAUAGUGCUCUAGAAAUCUAUCCAUUCGGUCACUUAUCUCAUUAGUGUGAUGUGAUUUUAUUUCGGUUGAAGCAUUUGCUACGAUGCAAAAUACUAUCGAUAUUUUAGUAAUGUUGUGAAGUAAUCGCUGAAAUUAUUGGGAGUAGUCAGUGACGCACGGAUUUAUUGAUUGAUCUUACAUGAAUGAAAAUGAUAAUGAGCCAGUAGUAUAUGAAUGAACGAAAACCUGAUGUUAUAUUCGAUGAGUAGUGAAGUCAAUGAGACCACUAUUGAUAAACGUAUUCUUGCUCAUCUCAUCAA